ACCAGAUUCCGACUAGUGGAUCAACUAAUGUAAUACAAAAAAUUCUUCGCUAUCAUAACCGAUGGUUGAAAUUGCAAAAAUCUUUUGUGCGAAAAAAAUCAUCAGCCCAAAACAAAAAUGUAAUAAUAUUUCAGAAUGAAAUCAAAGCAUUAUUUGAUAUUGUAGAUCAUAAAUCAAUAAAACUGCUUGAUAAUGAUAUUCGUGAACUAUAUUCAAAUCAAAAAAGUGAUACCCGGAAAGAAAUUCUUUCAAAUAACCCAAAUAAAUUAAACAGUACUAUGAAUACGAUGGAAGUAGAUGAAAGUCAUUUGAAUCAACCCUCAACCAGCCAUGAGAUUGUUCGAAGUGAGGAAUCAGAGUCAUCUUCAACCCUUACAUUAAGUCAAGCUACAAAUUUCGGUUCAGAUUUAGAGUAUGUGCCUCAAAUACCGACAACACGAGCAAAAAUAAAUAUUCUAACUCCAGAGCUUAUCUCAGCACUCGACAGAGCUAAUGUUAGUAGUAGAAAUGCGAUGUUCAUUAUUGCUCCAGUUCUAUCAAGUGUUGGUGUUAAUGUAGAAGAUACAACUCUUAGUUAUCGAACAAUUCAACGAACUCGCAUGCUCUUACGAAAAGACAUUGCCAUAGGACUAAAAGAUAACUUCAAAGCUCAUGAUAAAUACGUCGUGCAUUGGGAUGGGAAAAUACUGAAUGACAUUUCUGAAUCGAAAUUUGUGGAUCGAUUACCGAUUAUUUUGACUGCUUUUGGUACUGAGCAGUUACUUGGAGUUCCAAAAAUGAAUAGUGGAUCGGCAGAAAAUCAAACAGCAACCAUCUUGUCAACGUUAAAUCAAUGGGGUAUUAUUAGUUACAUCAAGGCGAUGUGUUUUGACACGACUGCGGUUAAUACGGGAAUCCAUCAUGGUACAUGUAAAGAAAUUGAAAAGGCCUUAGGAAAAGAAUUAAUUUGGUUACCAUGUCGCCAUCAUAUUUAUGAGAUCAUUUUAAGGAGUGCAUUCGAAGUCUAUUGGCCAGUAUCAUCCGGACCAAAUGUUCCAAUAUUUGGCAGAUUCAAAAAAUUUUGGGACACAUUCGAUAAAACGAAGUGUAAAUCUGGUGUUGAAGAUAGUAUUGUUGCUAAUAUUAUUACGAAUGAAAAAAAUAAUCUAUCUUCAUUUAUUAAGCGAUACUUACAGUUAUCGCAACCCCGAGAUGACUAUAAAGAAAUAUUGGAAUUGUCAUUAAUUUUUCUGGGAGAAAUGCCACGAGAGCAAGUUUUCUUCAAGCGUCCUGGUGCAGUUCAUCAUGCAAGAUGGAUGGCAAAGGCAAUUUAUUGCCUAAAAGUGUUUAUUUUUAGAGAUGAAUUUGACGUUUCUAAGAAAGAAUUGGAUGGUCUUCGACAAUUUUGUAUUUUUAUAGUUAUGGUGUAUGUAAAAGCUUGGUUUUCAUCAACUUCUGCGACUUCUGCUGCUAAUCACGACUUAGAGUUUAUGAAAAAUUUAAUUGAGUACAGUAAAAUUAAUUCUUUAAUUUCCUCGGCUACAUGUGAAAAAUGACUUCACAUUUAUGGUACUUAAGUGAUGAACUUGCUAUUUUAUCACUUUUUGAUGAUACCGUUCCAUUAAACAUAAAGAAGAAUAUUGUCGAAGCUGUUAAGACUCGCGAAGGUACAGAUUCUAAAGCAAGAAGAUUUAUUAUUGAUAGAAAAAAUUUACAUUUAAUUCUGCAAAAAAAUAUAAGUGACUUUGUUUCUAAGAAGUCAUUAAAACUUUUUGAGAUCUUUGAUCUGCCGUAUGGUUUUCUUGACAAAAAUAUUGAUUUAUGGUCUACUGAUGAGAGUUAUAAUGAAAAUAAAGAAUUUUUCGCACAAUUGAAAGUUGUUAAUGAUGUGGCAGAGCGAGGUGUCGCAUUAGUAAGUGAAUAUAACCAAUGCUUAACGAAAGACGAAGAGCAAUUUCAAUUUUUAUUGCAAGUUGUGAAAGAGCAUCGAAAAAACUACCCUACUUGCAACAAAAAAUUGUUUGAAAAUAAAUAGCUCAGUUGAAAAUUGAAAUAAAAAACUUUCUUAUAA